ACAAUUAGUUGGGACUUUAUUGUGUUAUAGACCACUGAAAGGUUGUAAUUAACACUUCGAUCUUUUUAGUCCCUAUAGAAUUUAACAAAACCAAUUUACUAAAGGGUCUCAGCUGAAUAUGAAAAUACCGCUGCAAGUAAAAGCCCCUUUCCGAAACUAUCUUGAGCGCAUUUUUACCCCAGCGACGCUAUCAGAACCUAAUGAACUAGCAGAAUAUGCUCUAUCUUUGAUUGAACAGAAUGAAGGGCCCAAUUUGAAGCAAAAGUGCAUGGAGGAGUUGACGCCUUUUUUAGAAAAUGGUUCGUUGGAAUGCCGCCUAUCUGUAAAAAUGCAAGGAUUGGGAUAACAAGUCAAUUAUAGAUCGUAUCUUUUUGAUGCUAGAAGAUUUGGAUAAUCUUCCGAUAUUUGAACAGAAGCUGUUAAACGAACUUCACCUUCUAAAUAGGCAAGUCCGAUCCUUGUCUCCACCAGAUAGAGAGGAGCAAACAAAAACCCAUAAGCGACAUAUACAAGAUGAAGUAGCAGGUUUUCAUUAUGGCUACGACCAGCAGGAUUGGGUACAAAACGAGGAGUGCUCAUACAAGGAUCGAGGUGACAUGAAGGAACUAGACAAAAAAUAUUGCAGAGAAUCGUCUAAGUUGAUGAGUUACGAGGGCAGAAAAUACGAUCGCAUGGGUAAAGAUACUAGUAUUAUGAAUCGCCAAGAGCAGGUCGAGAAUCACCAUUCACAGCAUACAGAAUUCGAUGCGUACAAGUCUCGCCACCCUAAAGUAUCUCAUGACCAUCAUGCGCGUUUUUCACCUCGACUUGGAAACGGUUCGUUUUCUAACAUUCCUCGAAUGACGGCCAGAGGUUCCGUUCAUUCAGAUUCUGGCAGCGGUGGGGGAAGCAAGGACCCGCAGAACACGGUAUUAGACAUUGUCAAUAUCCCAAGAUACAUUAACAACAUCGAGAACUUGAACACUCAUUUCAAGCAAUUCGGUAAAAUCAUAAAUAUCGAAACGUUUUUGGACCGAAAUAGUGCACGUAUCAGAUACAAGACUCACCGAGAAGCUCAAAACGCUAUUUUUUCUUCAUUGCCUAUUUGUAACAAUCGUUUUGUUAAAGUCUUUUGGGCAAAUAAUAAGACAGAAAUUGACCACACACACAGUGAUCGCGGUAAUACUGAAUUGCACGCCCCAUUGCCUGCAAAGCAUGCCGUAGAGAGGCGUUCUCCCAAGUCUGACGGCCAUUUAUCAUUUUACACGGCAUGUCGCCCAGUGCUGCCGCCAACUCUGGUGCCCUCCUAUUCCUACCGUCCGGCUCGAAACAUGGCCGUGCGUUACAAUUCACCAUCCGCACCCAAAUCGAACCUCUCCGAAAGAACCAAUCAUUUAAAAGGAAAUCUAGCCAAGGCAGACAUGGAUUUCCAACUUUUGGCACGAUACAAAGUACAACUGAAAGAUCCAUCAUUGUCUGAAGCACAAAGACAAGAAUUAGAGAAGAAAUGCGACCUUCUCAGAAAUCAGCUCCAGACCAUAAUCUGCACCAACGAAUCUAUUCUAUCUACUGUCAGUGUUAAGUCUGACUCGCACCAAGAACCCCCUACCAGCACCUUCGCCGAUUCGUUCGACUCGCCGCAGAUUGAUGAAAGGUCGACGGAAGGUACAAAAGAUAUACCUGAGAGGAGUGGUCCAAUUGACCACCAGGUGUCAGCCUCGUCUCAGAAGAUAAACAGUUGGGGUCACUUGAGUAGUGGCAAUGCUCAGCAUCGAGAAAAUGUUUGGACGCUCAGCUCUGAUAAGUCUAAAGAGCGUGAUCACCGAAUGUUCGUGAUUGAUAGACGGUCCACGGCAUUCUAUUUGAAAAACAUCCCGAGCGAACUUCAAGAUUUGGAUAGGCUCAAAAAGCAUUUUCAACAAUAUGGCCAAGUUGUUGACCUUACAUUAGAAUGCUCCCAAGCGCGCGUUCAGAUGGAAGACCGCCGCUCCGCCGAAAAAGCCAUUAUACAAGGCACCAUCAUCGAUGGGUUCCCAAUAUCUUUCGAAUGGGAAGCUGUUUCUAAAACUGCUGAAAUCUCGUCUCAGCAAUUAGAGAAGGACGACCGAAGCAAUGGGCCUUCAGAUCAAUAAAUAAUGAAUAUAGUCAAUACAUAGCUUCUUCCGCAGCAGAACACGUCUUAAAACUCACCAGGAUGCCGUAUUGAAGUUUCGAUAGUUUAAGUGUCGCAUUGUUUGGCAGCUUUGAUGGCUGAAGAGAAGUCAGCUUCAACUUUCUAGGAGCUCUUUAUUGUGGAUUGCUCGCGCUAGAUGUGGUUAAAAGGUACUCUCGAAUGCUUUUUAGAAAUGGGGCCAGCCUUCAUUUUGGAAUUUCUUAAAAAGAGAGGGUAUGCCACGGGCGCCCUUGAAAAAUGCAUGGAUGACGGGCGAUAUGCGAAAGUGACAUUUGACCAUCUAAGUCUUCGAUCUCUAUCAUACUACCUACACUAUCUUCCUUAUAUCAUGUUAUCUAUACCUACUCUGUCCAAUCCAUAAUCUCGUUUUACUCAUAAUAUCCAUACACAUUUCAAUCUACGACAACUAUCUACACACUCCUCUCUCCAUCAUGAUACCUGCAUAUUACCCACACAUUUAAAUGCUAUCAUACUAUCCAUACACACCCACAGCUCUUUCAUACUACCCAUACAUUUCUCACUAUAUAUAUCAUACCUUUCCAUAUCCCCCUUACUCUAUUACCCUAUCCUAUUUUAUUAUCACACCACCCUGUAUUAUAAUUCUUAUGCCAUCAUGUGUGUCUCUGUUUUAUUCACUUCAAUCUCUCAUUUUAUUUUCUAUGUCUACAUAUCUAUACAUAUUUUUCUG